CAAGCACAGUCGCACCAUCAUCACUCAGAUCAUCCUCUCAUUACACUCAUAUUAUCUUCCCUUAAAUCAUCAGAACAUAUACUACAAUGGACGCCCCCUCCUGCGAAUGCAUCAAAGGCACCAUCCACGCCGGCCAACCCGUGGGCAGCGAAGAACCGCUCCACGGCCUCAACGUCUACGUGACCGGCAACCGAACCAACCCUCGCGCCAUUAUUGUGGUUUACUCCGAUAUCUUCGGCCUUCCUCUCCCUAAUAACCGUCUCAUUGCCGACGCGUACGCCAAGUCCCGCGAUUACCUCGUCUACCUCCCCGACUUCUUUGAAGGCGAUCCCGUCCCUCUCAAGACGGCAGACGUAUUACUCCCUGUCGACGCCAGCAAGCAGUCCACCCUGUCCAAGUAUACGGGCAUUCUAGCAGCCGCGCCAGCCUUUCUACUGUGGUGGAGGAGACACCGUGAGGCGCAUACCCAAAAAGUGUGCUUUGACUUCCUGGCCAACUUGCGACGGGAGACCCCGGCCGAUCGGAAGAUCGGCAUGGUCGGCUUCUGCUGGGGAGGCAAAUACGCGCUCCGGGCUGGGCUGGAAAAGAAUCAGAUUGAGGGGCAUGACGGGAAGAAAGUCCCCCUGGCCGAUGCGGUGGUGGCGCUGCAUCCCAGUCAUGUCGCGUUGCCCGAGGAUGUCGACGAUCUGGUGGUCCCGACCAGUGUCGGAUGGGGGCUAGAGGAUCAGGGGGUCAACAUUGCCAUGAAGGGCCAGGUGGAGGAGGUACAUGAGAAGGAGAGGCAGAAGGGACGACAGCUGCCGGAGAUUCAACACAAGGUGUACAAGCCGGGAAGGCACGGGUUUGCGGUUAGGGGAAAUCCCGAUGAUCCCUUGGAGAGGGCUUGUCUGGAGGACUCGGAGAAGCAGGUGCUGGACUGGUUUGCUCGGUGGUUGUGA